UGGUAAUCAUUGCCCAACAGUACAAUUGGAAUUAGAAAGAUGCGUGCACUAGUUUUGGUAAGCCUGGCGGCGGUGCUGGCUGUGGUCUACGCAAGAGAGACUCGUUAUAAGAGGGAAGCUGAUUUGGUGGCGGCGGCUUCUAAUCAUUGGGAGAAAGGCGGUGGUGGCGAGCACCAUGGAGACCAUCACAGUGAACAUGGCGGCCACGGAGAAAAGGGAUACAAAGGUUUCCACGAACAUGAUCAUGGACAAAAGGGACACUCACACCAUGAGGGACACAAAGGUCACUAUGGCGAACACGGCGGGCAUAAGAAACACCAUCAUCAUGAUGAUGGUUAUUACGAUGAGCAUAACCAUGGCGAGAAAGGUGAGAAAGGGCACGGCUUCGAAGAAAAGGGGCACUUCCAUAAGGGGCAUUCGGCUAAAGGUCACCACGGUGUGCACAAAAUAGACGAGUUUAAAAAGGAUAAACACUUCCACGACAAGCACGGUGAGUCUGGGUUUGAGGAAGGCUAUGGUGGUCACCACCAUGAAGGUGGAUACAAGAAGGGCGGUGAAUUCCACAAAGGCCACAAGCACGGUGGUUUCCAUGAACAUGAGCAUGGCGAGAAAGGCCACCACGAGAAGGGCGGUCAUCACCACGACCACAAGGGCUUCCACGACGAAGGGGGCCAUCACGAGCACCACCACCACGGCGAAGGACAUGGCAGCAAAGGAGGCCACGAAGACCACAAAGGAUGGGGAUGGGAUAAGGGUCAUAAAUAAAUUUACUUCUUAGCAGUGUGAUAUUUUGUUAUUGUUAAUAUUUUGUGAUAAUGGAAUUGUACCUACGGAUGAAGCGCGUGUUAAUUUUUAUAUUUUAAACGAAUAAAUAAAAUUAUUUUCCUGUAAGUAAAUAUGUUUUACUAUUUUUUACUGUACCAAUUUAUGUACUGCAUAUGUUUUAUUUGCAGCAUUGCCUUCAAUAUUUU